ACUAACAUGGACUCUUUGGAUCUUUUUAUCUUUUUAAUGCUGCUGUGUUUCCAAUGGACAUCUGUCCCUGCUGCUGAGGAAAUUACCUGGACCUACACCGGCCUGGUGGGUCAGUCCGAGUGGUCGCAGUAUUUCCCUGACUGCGGUGGUACUUCCCAGUCCCCAGUUGACGUGGUAACCACCCAGACUAAAUAUGACCCCAGUUUGAUCCCUGUGACCCCACUGGGCUAUGAUCAACAUGGAAACAAGCCCUUCUCACUGUACAAUAAUGGACACACAGCGGUGAUUGAGCUGCCAGACUGGAUGGGAGUAGGUGGGCUGCCCUGGCUGUUUACAGCUGUACAAAUGCACCUUCACUGGGGCAGCGGCGGCCCAAGCCACGGGGGCAGUGAACACACCAUCAACGGACAGAGUGCCGAUGCAGAGCUACAUGUGGUGCACUACAACUCUGAACUCUACCCCAACAUGUCCGCAGCAAUGACACAGAGGAAUGGCCUGGCUGUUUUAGGGAUUCUCAUUGUGACCGGUGAGGAGACCAAUCCAGCGUUUAAUAACAUCAUCCGCUACAUGAGCCGUAUCAGACAUGCAGACCAGAAAGUGUCCAUCCCUGCCUUUGAUAUCCAGUCCCUACUACCCAAGGAUCUGGGACGCUACUAUCGCUACAAUGGCUCCCUAACAACGCCACCCUGCUACCAGAGUGUGAUCUGGACACUGUUCCAUGAGAGGGUUCAAAUCUCCAAGGAACAGCUACUGAAGAUGGAGACGGUACUUUACUCCACUAAAGCUGAAGGGACGGACAGAAUGCUUCUGCAGGACAACUACCGUGCAACUCAAUCUCUCAACCACAGGGUUAUCUUUGCGUCCUUCAGUGCAGAAUCAGGGAAGGAGCUCAGUUCUGGUGAAGUCACUGCCAUAGUGAUAGGAGUGAUGUGUGGCUGUGUAGGUCUGGCAGUAAUUAUCCGCUUCAUCGUGAAGACAAUACGAUUUUUUACACUCCUCCGCCAUGAAUCAGUCGUGGUAAACAGCUCUACCUCUAGCUGGGACGUCCUACCCAGUAACCGGCCUGCUCCCAUGCCAAGGACAAAGGACCCGGAGAAAGCAACAGAGAAAAAACAAGACAUGGCUCUCAACUCGACCUCUGAAGCAGAAAAGAAAGAAGAACCAUCCCCAUCUCCUCAAACUGAAAACUAG